AUGGGUUGUGGCAGCAGCACUGUCGAUCAGAAAGCUGUGAUAGCAAAUAAUCAAAUUGAAAAAGAUAUUCGUGAACAAGAAUUACAAGCCAAAAAGAUCAUCAAGUUAUUAUUACUAGGUGCUGCAGAAUCGGGCAAAAGUACUAUCGCUAAACAAUUGAAAAUUAUUCAUAUGGAAGGUUUUACUAAGAAUGAUAUCGAGAAAGCCAAACCUAUUAUUUACAGUAACAUUGUUCACACAUUUAUACAAAUUCUGCAAAAUAUGAGACCGUUGAAACUUGAAUUUAAUAGUGAACAACGGCAGGCUGAUGCCAAUCAACUAUUUGACAUUAUUGGCAAAAUGAAAGACACUGAUCCCUAUCCACCUAGCGUUUUGAAAUCUAUGAAUGCUUUAUUAGCAGAUGGUGGAUUUCAAACUACAAUAAAACGUGGACAUGAAUAUCAUCUUCAUGAUUCCGCUGAAUACUUCCUAAAGUCUCUUGAUCGUAUCGGAAAUGACAAUUAUGAGCCUACUGAACAAGAUAUUCUGCGGUCAAGACUUCGCACAACGGGUGUAAAUCAGAUUGAGUUCGAGUUUAAGAUGCUUAAUUUCCAAGUGAUCGAUGUUGGUGGGCAAAGGUCAGAAAGAAGGAAAUGGAUUCAUGUCUUUGAUAGCGUAACUGCUAUUAUAUUUUGUGUCUCGUUAAGCUGUUAUGAUAUGACAGUUUAUGAAGAUGGAAACACGAAUAGCAUGCAUGAAAGUCUUAAAUUGUUCGAUUGGAUCGUUAACAACGAGUUCUUUAAAGAAACAUCCAUCAUUCUAUUCUUGAAUAAGAAGGACUUAUUCGAAGAAAAAAUUAAAUCUGUUUCACUAACAGUAUGUUUUCCGGAAUAUGACGGGACUAAAUCGUAUGAAGAUACAAGUCUAUUCAUUCAAAAACAAUUUAUUGACAGAAAACAAAGCAGCCAAAAAGAAAUUUAUUGUCAUUUAACUUGUGCUACAGAUACCCAAAAUAUAUCUGUCGUAUUUGACGCUGUGACGGAUAUUGUCAUUUCGAAUAAUUUAAGAAAUUGUGGAUUACUGUGA